ACAGUAUUUCAUAGUAUUAAGCGUACAAAAUGGCGUACCCGGCCGGAGGAACAGACAACAUUCUGCUUAUCACCGACUCAUACAAGGUGACACAUCAUUACCAGUACCCUCCCAACACAACAGUCGUCUGCUCCUACUUCGAGAGUCGUGGGGGUAAAUUUCCAAGCACAGUUUUCUUCGGUCUGCAGUACAUCAUAAAGCGCUUCCUAGAAGGUCCAGUGGUCACAAAAGAGAAGAUAGAGGAGGCCCGUGAUCUGUACAACGCUCAUUUUGGUCAUGAAUACUUCAAUGAGGAAGGAUGGAAUUAUAUCUUGGAGAACCACGAUGGCAAAUUACCCAUGAGGAUAAAAGCUGUCCCUGAGGGAUCAGUGGUCCCAUACAAAAAUGUUCUCUUCACGGUGGAAAACACAGACCCAAAGUGUUUCUGGCUCACUAACUACUUUGAGACCCUGCUAGUUCAGACCUGGUACCCCAUGACAGUGGCCACAAACUCCCGCUCCCAGAAGGAAGUUAUUGCCAAGUACCUGGAUGAGACUGCCGAUAGUAUGGAUGGUCUGGGUUUCAAACUCCAUGAUUUUGGUUUUCGUGGAUCUACAUCUGUUGAGUCUGCUGGGAUAGGUGGAACUGCACACUUGGUGAACUUCUGUGGUUCAGAUACAAUUACUGCGAUCACCACAGCCAAAAGGUUUUACGGCUGUGAUAUGGCAGGCUUCUCCAUACCUGCAGCAGAGCACAGUACAAUAACAACAUGGGGACGGGAUGGCGAGAAGGAGGCAUUCAUUAACAUGCUCACUCAGUUCCCAAAUGGGCCAAUGGCCUGUGUCAGCGACAGCUAUGAUAUUUGGAAUGCAUGUGAAAAUGUGUGGGGAAAGGAGCUCAAAGACAUGAUAAUUACAAGAGGACAGAAUGGUGGGGUACUUGUGGUGCGACCAGACUCGGGGGAUCCAGCAGAGGUUGUCAUUAAGGUGCUGAACAUCCUUGGAAAUGCAUUUAAGACGACAGAGAACAGCAAGGGUUAUAAAAUGUUACCACCUUACCUGAGAGUUAUACAAGGGGAUGGCAUCAGCUAUGAAAGUCUGGGUGAAAUCCUGGAAGCCAUGAAGUCUAAUGGAUGGAGUGCAGACAACAUUGUAUUUGGGAGUGGAGGAGCUCUGUUACAAAGAAUGGACCGAGAUACACAGAAAUGUGCCUACAAAUGUAGCUACGCUGUUAUAGGCGGCAAGGAGGUUAAUGUGUAUAAGAACCCUAUCACAGACGUGGGAAAGAAGAGUAAGAAGGGACGAUUGACAUUAGAGUACGAAAAUGGAAAAUAUACGACUGUGGAGGAAGGAAAAGGCAACCCAACUCUGGAUGCAUUGGUUACUGUGUUUGAAAAUGGCAAGUUACUAAAAGAUUAUACGUUUGCUGAGGUGAGAGAAAAUGCAGAGCUGGAACUUGUAAGACAAAGGAGGGGCCAGAGCAGCUGUAAGGUUUAGGCCCUGUCCAGGUUUAAAACUCGCCGAACGGGGACCAUAGUGCGGUGUUUAAAGUCAGAAGCAUUGUAGCAGAGAUUUCCAUCGCCUAUAACAUCACAAAUAACAUAUACAAAUAUGAUAUCAUUUUAAAGUUCUCACUGGCUGUAGAAUCUACUAGAUGGAUGUUGAAAUAGAAUUCUGAUACACAAUCUUAAACAGACUGCUGUGUAGAAAAGACAGAAAGGUGUUCUUUGUAUUAUUUCAAUUUUUAGAAACAAUAAGGUUGUUGGUACAGGAACAAUAUAGAUCAUGACUAGUAUAUUAUGAUGAUAUUUUCCAGAGUUACACUUUACACUUUCGCGGUGUGAUUGUUAAGAAUCAUUAUACGUUAGAGUCCACUGUUAUGGUUCAGUUCAUGUCAUCCUUUCCGAAGUCUUGGUUUUCCUCUUUUUAAAUAUAUAAUCACGCUUUAUUGUCAGUAUCUCAACCUUUAAAGUUAGAACUUAUAUGUGCUGGCAUAUAACAGAGCAAAAGAGUGAACAGGUUUUCCCUAAAAUGACCCGAAGGUUAGUUUUUACACCCGAAGGUUAGUUUUUACACCCGAAGGUUAGUUUUUACACCUGUGUUUGGUAUCAAACAUGACACCAAAUCAUGAAAUGGCUUAAUUAUGAGAAUGUUUACCCUGAUGAUCUUUUCUGUGUUAUGACAGUGAAUAUUUAUAGGUAAUACAGUAUAUAAAAUCUGAUUCCAUUUUUAUUUUUUUAUGUACUUGUGAUGUUGGUUCAAUUUCACAGGAAUUAUUGUUCUGUUGAUAUCACAUUUUACUUAUCUACUCAUUCACCCCUGACAUUUCAUAAUGAACUAUUCCU